UACUCAAAAAAAACCCAAACUGGACUAAUUCUAACUUAAAUUUAAAUGACCGCAAAACAGUGAAAGCGUGAUUUCCAGGUUUGACGUCACGGUUCAGUCCAGUUUCACUAAAUCCUCUAAUGUUUUUUGUUUGGAACUGUGGCUAAUGAUUUUAAAUGUGAACAAGAAAGCAAACAGUUAAUUAAGGCUCCUCUAUUCGCGUAUUUACGGCAGACGGAUCUUCCAAUCCCGCAGCGCUUUCUCCUGCCUGCGGUCACAGCUUGUUGCCAGAACUUCAGUAACGCGGAGACGCCGGAUUUCUUUCUUAUUCAUUCAUGCUCUGCGGCUUUUUCUUCUUUUAUUUAACAUUUAUUUUGCAAAGCAUCACGCUGAGGCGCACGUCCAGUGUUCUGUAGUCUUCUUCCAAAUCCAUCUGUCCUGAUUUAGGCUGUUUUUGUUUCUGUGGAUCGUCAGAGAGCACUGAUCCAUCAGCCGACGUUAAGACCUUUGGGCUUUAAGGAUAAGAUUCUUAUUUAUAAACAGUUAUAUAACCAAGUGAACGGGGCUAUAGGCGUUUUACGCACACGCCGUUCCUGGAUGUCAGACUUCUUAUUAUCUAUAUUAUAACAAUAUUCUGUUGUAGCAAGCCAGUUCCUGUCCGUGUUCAUGCCAGAUCUGCAGCGAUUCAGUUUUCCAUACCAUAGCAUGAAUCCUUUGUUGGGGGCCAACGCGCAUCUCCAACAGCAUCCGCAGCAGAACCAGGCGCCCGGACACCCGGACUCUCCCUCAGGUCUCCUUCCCGACGCUGUUUUCGGUGCACCGGACCCGGCUUCCCUUCUGCUGGGUGAGCAGCCUGGCCCGGGGCCUGACCAGGCGGGGCCUGACUUCACCGCACCCUCGCAGUCUUCACCUUACCUCCAUCACAGCAGCCACUAUCAGCACCGCCCUGUGCCGCAUCCCCCUGCUGCGAUGGCUCUCAGAAACGACCUGGGCUCCAACAUCAGCGUCCUCAAAACUCUCAACCUGCGCUUCAGAUGCUUUUUGGCUAAAGUGCACGAAUUAGAGCGCAGAAAUAAGAUUCUGGAGAAGCAGCUGCAGCAGGCGCUGGACGCCAACAAGGGCUGCCAAGGUGGAUGCUGUGAGAACCAGGCGCACACCCAGGAGGUAAGCGUGCAGACGGGAUUUGUCGGAACGAUACAGCUUAGGCCCGGCUCCCUACCCUUCCACAACACCAACAACUCGGCCAGGAGGCCUACGACACUGUUCACAACGCCUCUCGCGCCAGCCCUGCCACCUGCAGCCUCUGAAAACUCGAGUGCAACACAAACAAAUGCCGCUUGCAACCCAGCCAUUACCAUCAGCCUAUCCUCCCCCUGUGUGGACUCCGGCUCUAAAACGGGAACUAACAACAGCACAGGUCCGGGAGCCUCCACCAACCCUCCUCCACGGUUCCUUCCGGGCACAAUCUGGUCCUACAACCACACCCGCAAGUGCGGCCCUGGUGCUGAGCGUCUGACCAGCCCAGGAGUAUCCUGGGUGCACCCUGAUGGAGUUGGUGUCCAGAUUGACACCAUCACCCCCGAGAUAAGAGCCCUGUACAAUGUCCUGGCUAAAGUGAAGAGGGAGAGAGAUGAGUAUAAACGCAGAUGGGAAGAGGAAUACACUAUGAGGAUGGAUCUGCAACAGAAGAUUGCAGACUUACAGGAGGACCUGCAGGAGAGCGAAGGCUGCCAGGACGAGCUGGUUCGCAGGGUUCAGCAUCUGAAUACGGAGCUGGUUGUCUUCAAAGGGCUCCUGAGCAAUAAUUUGUCAGAUUUGGACAGCAAAAUCCAGGAGAAAGCGAUGAAGGUGGACAUGGACAUCUGCCGCAGGAUCGACAUCACUGCUCGUUUGUGUGAUGUGGCCCAGCAGAGGAACUGUGAAGACGUCAUCCAAAUGUAUCAGGUUCCUAAUAACCAACCAUCUCUAAACUGCCGCCGUAAACAAACCCCUCUGUCCUUUAAUGGGAGUGAGUGUGAUGAGCCCGUCAGCACCUCCGAAAAUGACGGAGCAGUGGUUAAAGAUGAGGAGCACUGUGGAACUGCUGCUAAUCAGAUCAAUGAGGAGAUGCAGAGGAUGCUAAACCAGCUGCGUGAAUGUGAGUUUGAGGAUGACUGUGACAGUCUGGCGUGGGAGGAGACUGAAGAGACGCUGCUGCUUUGGGAGGAUUUCCCAGGAUGCACUUUGCCUCCAGAUCCCACCCACCCACCGGGAGAGCAGGAGGACUGUCUGGAAAAGGUGAUUAAUGACACCGAAUGUCUUUUCAAAUCUCGAGAGAAGGAAUACCAAGAGACCAUUGACCAAAUUGAGCUGGAAUUGGCCACAGCUAAGAGCGACAUGAACCGACACCUGCACGAGUACAUGGAGAUGUGCUCGAUGAAGAGAGGCCUGGAUGUUCAGAUGGAGACUUGCAGGAGACUCAUCACACAGAGCGAAGACAGUCCAUCUGCUGUGCCUCCACCCGCUGAGGAGAGUGAAGCGAGAGAAAACGACAAGCCGUCGGUAUCUCCACCUUCUUCCUCGAGCAGUGGGAGAACAUGACACAUGCUCACUCCAGCGUUAACAGCGGCUGUGGUCACGUCAACUGCAUCCAUGACCACACCGAUACAAUGGGCGCUGACUACGUGACUACGGCAACACCAUGUUUACGUACUUAUUUGACGAGUCAUUUCUUUUUCUGGACACUUUGAAAAGUGAGAUGGAACUGACUGAGCGAGGAAGUCUGUCAUUGUGCUUCAUUUUGUGACGAUUCAGUAGGUUGAAGGACCUAGGUUCAGUUGACUGUAAGUGUGGUUACAAGAAGACAUAGCAUGACUUAUUCAUUACACACAAAUGGACACAAGCUAAAACAAGGAUAAUGUAAGCAUCUUAAACUCCUCUCUGAUCUGCUUUUAUGGUCACUGAAGCUCUAAAAGUUCAAUUCACAUUUACAGGAAUAUUUCCAGGAAACAAUGAAGCUUCAGUCUUAAAAUAAUAUAACACUGAAUUUUUGAAUUUGAAUCUUUAUCCACACAUGUAUGUUUAAUAAGAAGCCGUGAGAGAGCAUUUUACUGGCUUGCAGCUGCAUUAACAGUUCAUCAUAUCUCUUGUAUAAACGAUAAUAGAAUCACAGGCAAAGCAAACCUGAGGCAAUAAAUGAACAGUUAAAGAUAAAGCAGAAAAGCAGAAAAACACAAACAUUAUGUGCAUUUUUACUGGAGCAACAGAGUUGAAUCUUUGACUAACAACAGGCCUCCUUCCAAUAAAGUGAGGUGUUUUCCGGAUAAUAAGGGAAAUGUAUGUAAAAUUUUAAUCUGGGCUCUUCAGAAAAACCUUAAAACUUCAGAUUUUCAAGUCAUUUCAAAGUGAUUAAAAAAAAAACCCCAACUGAAAUCCUGAGAAGUUGCUCUUCAGAUCUGUGGUGUUUUAUGUUCCUCAGCCUUAAACCAGAUGAUAUAAGAGUUUCUUUCUAUUGUUCUCCUGAAGCCCUUGAUCAAAUAUAACAGGAGUUAAUUGGGAAAGUUGAAUCUCACUCCUCUUACUCGGAUGCCUCCAGUUCAGAAAGUGUACAUGUGUUCGCUUUGAGGACCACAUUGUUUAAAAAAUGGCAGUAAAAUGUUGGCUAUAAGCUGAAAACUGUGGGCCUCCUGGCAGAUUUUUCAUCAGAAUUUUUGUGUAGUCGUCUGACCACUGAGCUGGUCGAUUUGGUGCAAGAACACUGUUUCUUUAAUGAUGUAGGAGAGGAUAUGCAUUGACAAAGAACAAUAAUACAGAAUUUAUUCAAGGAUAACAUGGCAAAAGCAAACAAUCCAAACAAUGAAAUCAAGAUUUUGGCCUCCGUAACCUGCGAGCUACAUCUGUGACACAGCAGAGGCUGAUUUGUUCCUUGGCUCGUUUGGACACAUUCGUUUACCCUAAAUCUGUAAAUAAAUGGCCAAAUUAGCUUAUAUUUCCUGUGCAGAUGCAAAAACUUUUAACAAUAAUACAACAUAGUCACAGUAGUAAGUCGCAUGUCUAUAUCACCAUCGUUUUGGUAUCAGCAUGAGGCAGUCCAAACCACCCUGCUGUUCACAGAGAAUUCCAUCAUUCAUCUUGACGAUGUCGUAGAUGAUGUUGGAGCUUCAAUCAUUUCAUAUGAGUCACAUCUGAAAUACCACAAACACCGUAGUCUGUUUUGAACUUUGUAGUUUUCGGGAAAGGUGAGGGAGCAAUGACCACAGUGUCGGGAGGAGGUUGAUCUUUAGUUUUGAACGUAACCGUAGUCUCUGUCUGCUGCACUUCAAAGACCGACUAAAGUACUGGAUGAUAGAGUCACUCAAGGGUCAUGUAAGGGUUGUUAAUAAUCUUUAUUUUUUAGCAGUAAUGCUUAUUAUAGAUUAGAGUGAAGGCUGUAUGUUUGAGUAAAGCUGCAUGGUUGAGCAGAAUCACUUUGAGGAUAGUGGAAAAACAAAAAGGCUGUCAUGUAAUAAUGUAAGUUAGUCACCGAGUGCCAAAAUAAUAUUUAGAUUGUGAAUCAACAGGAAAUUGCUUAAAAAAGACUAAACAUAGCUGCUGAAGCUAUUUCACCAAGGUGCUUGAUGUAUAGAAGUGAACCUACGUUUUGCAUAUAGAAAAGAAGAGCAAAGCAAAACUGUACCAUAAGAAACAAUCAGUAGUAUAACCUGAAAAACAAAAUAUCCUGACCUACUGCAAACGGACUAUUACAUUUGUUCUAUUUACAUUUCCUUUCCUUAUGAAAAAAAAAGUGUCGUUGGUGAACGCAUCACAUACCUCAUUUUUACUUUAAUUAUGUCUAUUGGCAUAUUUAACCCACAUGUUCCUUUGUAGGAAAACACAUACAGCGCACAGCUGUCAGGUGGACGCCCCCUCCAUCACAACUCUAUUAUUAGACACUGUUUUAAAUGGUGUUGUUUCUUCUGUGUAGAUGAACCAGGUGAAGUAACUCACUUUAGUGCUUUGUUUCAGCAGGAGGGUGCAGUUUAGCUCAUGCAUGUGUUGCAGUUGUAAUCAGCUGAGCGCCGAUCUGAGAAGAUCAGGCGUCGGGUGCAUUGUGAAAGGCAUAAAACACCAUCUCUCUUUGUACCGUUACACUUUAACGCACUGAGUGAAUUUAUAUGUAUGCAUGUGCCAGUGUGUAUGUUUGUUUGACCAGCGAGUGUUUUUAAGAAGACUCUUACCGGGGUAGAUGCACAACAUUAAGAAGGAUCAAACUGUAAAAUCUCAUAUUGUCUCAAGCAGUUCAACGCCAACAAAAUGACUUCUGAAACUGAGCUGUGUUUUCAUGGUGACCACCUGAAAAAUUCAGAAUCUGAUGAUCAUGUAGGUUUUCUUUCCCAGUAGCGCUGUUUCUUUAUGAGUGUAUGCCAAGUAAACUCAGUGUAAAAAUAUCUCAGUUCAGGAAGAUGAACGGAAAUGCAAAUGCUUUUGUGAAAGGAUGGCUUUGAUAUUAUAUGCAUAACAGAAAUAUAGCUUUGAAUAUAUACUCGUGUUUAAAGAACAGAGGUAAAUGAAGACUCCACAGUGGAAAUGAUGGCAGAUGAGAGCAAAAGAGUUUUUGUUCUUGUCUUCACACAACAGAAAACCUUAUUUACCAAUUUUUUUUAAGAAAAUUAUGCCACAGAGUCAGAACUAUUGAUCUAAAAUCCAAAUGUGUGACUUUGCAGCUUUAAACAUCAAGAAAAAGUAACUUUGGCUGGAAAAGGCUUCACUGCAGAGCUGCUGUAUGUAAUAUGUUGAGAGAGGCUGGAUGAAUGAAUAAAAGAUGCAACUGAG